AUGAACAAUGGGAAACCUACAUGCCUCUGGAACACGAGGACUCCUCAAUACACAAAAGAAACUAUCGACUUUUUGAAAAGUAUAUUGAAAAGAAUUCUCUUUAUUUCUGUAGCGUUAAUGACUGAAGCUAAAAUAUCAAACCAAAUCAGACGAGAUAUUCAAAGAAACGUACAAAGUAAUACAAACGUAUUUUUUGGCUUAAUUAAGCAGAUGGCCAGCCUCUUCCUUCUAAAUUUCCCGGAAGUAAGCAGAAUCACACCCGAAAACCAAGUCAUUCAAUGGAGUACGUGUUUUAUUGAAUAUGUUGAUAAUAAAUUCAUGGAAGAAGAAGACAAGGUCGGCCUGGAUUGCGGACGAGAGAAACGAUUAUUGCGAGCGGCGCAUAUGAUAUGCCGAAGCCAAAGCCUCUUCCCCGUAAUUUAA